AUCCGGGGGCCUGGGCUGGGCUCUGGGCUGGCCGCGCGCCGGUGAGUCAGGCCGGGUUUUCCCUCCGCCUUUAGGGCAGGCGAGCGAGCGCCGCCGAGCGCGUCCCUCCCUCGCCAAUCCGGCUCCAGCGCCCGGCCGCCCGCGUUUUCCCGGCGCUUACCGCACGGCCGCUCCGGCCCCGCUCGCAGUCUCGGCCGGAGCCGGCGCCUUGGAGGGAGGGUUCGAAUCCGCGCGAGGGAACUGCAGUGCGCGAGGGGUGCGGAGCGGCGCCAGCAUGGAGAAGCGGCUGCCUGUGCCCUGUUGAAACUUCAUGGCCACAGCCCCAGGUCCUGCUGGCAUUGCCAUGGGCAGCGUGGGCAGCCUAUUGGAACGGCAGGACUUCUCCCCUGAAGAGCUACGGGCGGCACUCGCAGGGUCCCGCAGCUCCCGCCAGCCUGAUGGGCUCCUUCGGAAGGGCUUGGGCCAGCGUGAGCUCCUCAGCUACCUGCACCUCCCCAAGAAGGACAGCAAGACCACCAAGCGAGCCCCUCGGAAUGAGCCUGCCGACUAUGCCACCCUCUACUACCGGGAACAUCCUCGAGCCGGUGACUUCAGCAAGACGUCGCUGCCUGAGCGGGGUCGCUUCGAUAAGUGCCGCAUUCGCCCAUCGGUAUUCAAGCCUGUGGCGGGCACCGGGAAAGGCUUCCUGUCCAUGCAGAGCCUGGCAGCCCACAAGGGCCAGAAGCUGUGGCGCAGCAAUGGCAGCCUGCACACGCUGGCCUGCCACCCGCCCCUGAGCCCGGGGCCCCGGGCCAGCCAGGCACAGGCUCGUGCCCAGCUGCUGCACGCCCUCAGCCUGGACGAGGGCGGCCCUGAGCCUGAGCCCAGCCUGUCCGACUCCUCCAGUGGGGGCAGCUUUGGCCGCAGUCCUGGCACCGGCCCUGGCCCCUUCAGCUCCUCCCUGGGCCACAUUAACCACCUUGGGGGCUCCCUGGACCGGGCCUCGCGGGGCCCCAAGGAGGCUGGGCCGCUGGCUAUGCUGAGCUGUCUGCCUGAGCCACCGCCCCCCUACGAGUUCUCCUGCCCCACUGCCGAGGAGGUGGGAGCCAUGCUGCCGGAUACCUGUGAGGAGCUCAAGAGGGGCCUCGAUGACGAGGAUGGCGCCAACCCCUUCACACAGGUACUGGAGGAGCGCCAGCGGCUGUGGCUGUCUGAGCUGAAGCGCCUGUACAUAGAGCGGCUGCAUGAGGUGGCCCAGAAGGCUGAGCGCAGCGAGCGCAACCUCCAGCUGCAGCUGUUUAUGGCCCAGCAGGAGCAGCGGCGCCUGCGGAAGGAGCUGCAGGCGCAGCAGGGCCUGGCCCCCGAGCCCCGGCCCCCAGGCACCCUCCCAGAGGCUGACCCCAGCGCCCGACCAGAGGAGGAAGCCCGAUGGGAGGUGUGCCAGAAGACAGCAGAGAUUAGCCUUCUGAAGCAGCAGCUCCGGGAGGCCCAGGCCGAGCUGGCGCAGAAGCUGGCUGAGAUCUUCAGUCUGAAGACACAGCUUCGGGGCAGCCGGGCACAAGCUCAGGCCCAGGACGCAGAGCUGGCCCGGCUACGCGAGACCGUGCGGAGCCUGCAGGAGCAGGCCCCCCGGGAGGAAGCCCCAGGCAGCUGUGAGACCGAUGACUGCAAGAGCAGGGGGCUGCUAGGGGAGGCAGGAGGCAGCGAGCCCGCAGAUGGCACUGAGCAGCUGCGGGCUGAGCUGCUGCAAGAGCGACUCCGGAGCCAGGAGCAGACUCUACGCUUCGAGCGGGAGCGGCGGACGUGGCAGGAGGAGAAGGAGCGGGUGCUGCGCUACCAGCGGGAGAUCCAGGGGGGCUACCUGGACAUGUACCGCCGCAACCAGGCGCUGGAACAGGAACUGCGGGUGCUGCGGGAGCCCCCCACACCCUGGAGUCCUCGGCUUGAGUCCUCCAAGAUCUGAGGCCAGUGGAGUGAGCUGGCAGCAGAAGCACUGUCAGAAGAUGGCUUGGGCAAGCCCUCCCUGAGAUGGCCGCCUCUUUCCUUACAUUGGUCUGGGGCAGAAUCUGCUGAGGCCAGCCAGGGCUGGGGGGGCCCGCUGAGAGGAAGGAUCCAGUGGGCUGUGGGCUGGAGAGGGUGCCAGCAGCAGGAGCCAGGGCAAGGCGCUCCUAGUAGAGGAGCACCCGGGCAGGGCCCAGCCUUGCUUCCUGUAGUAGGUGUGGCCCAGAGAAGGAGGUUGGAGAAUGAAGAGCCCCAUGAUGCAGAAGGGCAGGCAUGAGGGAGGCUGGGCUGGGAACAUUGGCCUCCCUGGAAUAAAACCAUGUUUUCUACGAGGAGGCCCCAGGUGACCUGUGGGGCCUGUCUCUGGGCUGAGUCUAGAGGAUCGUGGAUGGUUGGGGUGUGACAUGGGCUGUAGCUCCUCCUGUGGUCACGGUCAGUGGGAGGGUGUGCCCCGUGCCUGUGUGCGCAGCUGCUGGGCAUGUGGUCGGUGAGGGGAGGAAUCUCCUUGCCUAGUGCCACACAGUUCCUUAGCUGCGGUGGGGGCUGCAAUUCCUUCAGCAUCAGUGGGAUUUUUCAGAAGGAACAAUGCCAGGGAACCUAGGAAAACAAACAGGCAAGUCACCCAAGGCAU